AUGGCGAACUUAAUUGAGACUCUUGCUCAGGCUCUUAAUUUCAGCUAUACGUUGGUUCGGCCCAUGGACGGCGCGUGGGGUGCCCCAGAUGACCAGGGGAACUGGAAUGGCAUGAUCGGCAUGGUGAAACGGAAUGAGGCAGACCUGGCACUGGGUCCUUUCGGCAUGACAGAGGCACGGGCUAAAGUGGUCGAAUUUUCACACCCAAUACUGAUAGAUCAGUACAAGAUACUUGUUAAGAAAGGCAGCGCUCAGUUCAACCCUUGGGGAUUCCUUAACCCCCUGCAGCCCCUCGUGUGGUCUGGUGUUUUCCUGACAUACCUCCUGAUGUGCACCAUCCUCACAGCCAAGGCAGUCGCUCGCCACUUGGAACACUCAUCUUCCACGUCCAUAAUCAACGAGGCCCUAAGAUGCUUCUGGAAUCAGCUGGCCAUUCUCUUACAACAAACUUUGCAGACCAUUCCAGAGCCUUUAGUCACACGAGCACUGACUGGGCUGUGGUUGCUGACGGUGAUGAUUAUCAUGAGAAGUUACUCGGGUGCCCUCACCUCCCUCCUGGCAGUCAGACAAAUUCCAGUGAAAAUUAACGCACUUCAAGACCUUGUUGAUGCCGAAGAAUAUGGCCUUUUGUUCGAACAAUCAACAGCUCUCACUGCAUACAUGCAGGAAGCAAAGUCAGGCAUUUACCGUGAGCUGGAAGCAACCAAAGAGCAGGGGAGGGCACAAUUCAUGAACUCCACAGAAAUUUCAAAAGCGGCCCACACCCUCGUGAAGCAGGAGGACUAUGCUCUGCUGGUGGACAUAAUCAGUAUUCGGAAGAUUUUAUCUGAUGACUUCUCUAACUCAGGAACUUGUGAUUACUACAUUGCCAAGGAGGCCUUUUUCCCGCUUAUAUUUUGCAUCAUUGGACGACAUGGACUUCAUCACAUGCAAUAUAUUAAUUCUAAAAUCCGGUCAAUAGUGGAACAUGAUCUCUACACCAAAUGGCUGCUUAAGGAGUCAAAUAAUGUCACAGCAUGUAUAAAAGCACCAACUUCUAUAACUGUUCAGGAGCCUUACAGUUUCCUGGAGCUAUGGGGAAUGUUCACGCUUCUGUUUGUUGGCCUCCUGCUGGCAGCACUGAUGUUCUUGGCCGAGUUAGUGGUUCACAAGUGGAUCUCAGACAGCCGCAACCUAACUCACUGGUGAUGUGCUUGAUUCGGUCAUUAUUCUGGUUGGGUUUCAGUAGUGUCAUUAUUUGGUGGUUAGGGUACCUGACUAUACGUAGUUCCAUGACAGCAUGACAUAUUAGAAAUGGGAAGCAUGGAAUAUACAGAGCUGGCCAAGGAUUGCAUUGUGGUGCUGCAACAAUCUCCGAAUGAUACACCACUUACAGUAUACCCCAAUCAGUGAACCUACUGUAUAUGUAUAUAUACUUAAAUGUUGUCCCUUUUUUUCUAAUGUACGAGUAGCCUACCCCCAGAUGCCUAUAGGUACUGAAUCUGUAAGAUUUUGAAGCAACUCAAACUUAACAUUAUUCCAGUUUGAUGAAUGGUGGUGUCACAGCCAAGUACAACCAAAUUCUUGAUUAAUCCCUGCCAACAGAUUUCACAGUUGGUUAAAAUCAGGAAAGUUGCUUGGUCAGUCACACACACACACACACACACACACACACA